AUGGAAGCCGUUGCUGAACUUUACGGAAGCUAUCGUCAAGAAUUGGAAACAGCGAUGGAAGGAUUACGCCAGCGUGGUCAAGCGUUCGGAGAGUCAGCACCUCAAUACAUCGAAGACACAAAAAGCCAGAUAGAACCACAAACACAGGAAAUUAUUGAUGCGGUACAGGAUACGAGUGCAGUCUCUACACCUCAAAGAGCAGUGAUCGAAGUGUUCGCAUGGUCAUCUGUAAUGGUCUUUUUCGCAAACGUUGGCGUUGGAUUUGGUUCAUACAUAUUUGGGCCUAUUAUAUCCAUUUUUAUUGGGAAAUUUGGUGCUACAUUGGCUGCAUUCGUUGGAAUUCCUCUCUAUGCUCACUACGAAAUCAAACAUUCUGGCGGCUCUGACGUGAAUAUUCGCCUUGAAUUGUUGUCAUUAGCGGUUUUGCAAGGAGUGCUCACUGGAUUCGUUAUCGACAGUCUCUAUUUGAGUGCUACACCGUUUGCCGUGCUCACACCGGCAAUAGUUACAGUAUCAUUCGCGUCAAUCGCAGCUUCAGCUCAAGGAAAUCGUGUGACAUUGCUAGGCGGUUCGGUUGGUGCAGCCGUUGGAGUCAAUUUCUUGAUCGGUUUGAUCACCGGGAAUUUGACGUUCGUCUACUUUUUGUUGACGCUCACGUACGCUGGAAUUGCAGCAGUGACAAUGCAGCUUGUUUUCAAACAUAUUCAAGGCGAGGCAAAGGGUCAUGUAUACCAAAAUGUGCUAUCAUGCAGUUUCAUUAUUGCGAAAGGAAUGUUCUUCCUACUGUUCGGAUCGUACAAUCCAGAAGACGUGCAAGUGCAACAAGACCGCCAAUCGAAAUAA